AUGCGGCCGACCACUGAAACGUGCGGCGUGGCCGCAGGCGAGGACACUCUGCUGAUCAGCAGCCUGGGCGUGGGCACCUACAUGGGCACGCCAGACGCGGCCACCGACGAGGCGCAGCUGUGCGCGCUGGUGUACUCGGUGACGCGCGGCUGGAACCUCAUUGACACGGCCAGCAACUACCGAAACGGCCGGUCAGAGCAGACGGUCGGCCGCGCGCUGUCGCUGCUGCUGUCCGGCGCCCGCAUGGGUGAUUUCAGGGGCGGCCAGGUCACCGCGACCCGCGACGCGCUGUUCGUGUCGACCAAGGCGGGGUACGUCGACGCGGACCUGCGCCGGCGCGCGGCGGCGACGCCCUUCCUCCGGAAAGACCCGCCGCUUGGGGCUGGCGGCGCCGCGGGAGUCGGCGCGGGCGGCGGCGGUGCGGCGGGCGGCGGGGCGCAGAACCCUGCGGCGGCGGGCGCGGGGGCGGGGGCGCGGCUCGCGGGCCAAAACGCGCGGCGGCUGGCGCGGUGGCUUCAGCAGGCGGGGCUGGGCCAAAACGGGCUGGGAGGCGUCGGCGGCGGUGGCGGCGGAGGCGCCACCCUCGGGCGCAAGGCGGCGGUGCCGGCCGGUGGUGCCGCUGGUGGCACAGCGGCGGCGGCGGCGGCGGCGGCGGCGGCGGCGGCGGCGGCAGCAGCAGCGGCACCCAGUGCGGCUGGGCAGAAUGCAGCGGCGGCGGUGCUGCACUUGCAGCCUGACGAGAUCGGGGACUACUGCAUCCACCCGGCCUGCAUCCGCGCCUCGGUGGAGCGCAGCCUCGAGCGCCUGCGCCUCGAAACGUCGCGCCCCCGCGCCCAACCGCGUGUGACGCCGCGUGACGUCACCCCGCGCCAGGUGGACCUGCUGUACCUGCACAACGUGGCGGAGGAGCUGCUGCCGCGCGGCGUCGGCAGGGGCCAGCUGGAGGCGGCGCUGGAGGCGGCCUUUGGGGAGCUGGAGGCCCUCAGGAGGGAGAACAAGGUGCGGGGCUACGGCCUCGCCACCUGGAGUUCCUUGAGGGUGCCGCCAGACGGGGACCAGUUUUUGUCGCUCGAGUGGGUCCUUUCCGUCGCGAAGCGCGCCGGCGGCGCGUCCCACGGCUUCAUGGCCGUCCAGCUGCCGCUCAGCGCGCGCGCUGACGAGGCGUUCACCCAGAA